CCUUUUAUGAUGAAAGUGGUACAUGGGAGACGGAUCCAAAAAAAUGAGCCUAAUGGAUAUCACUAAAAUGUUCUCCAUGCUCCAGCCUAAAGAAGAUGAAGAAGACAAUGGAGAAAGUGAGGAGCUGAACCGAGCAGUAUCUGAGGAUGAUUAUGAAACCCUAGAUAACCUCUUAUCCCAAGACAAGUACAAGAGGUUCAUCAACCGGAGGAGUGGCUGGGGUGUACCCAGCACCCCCCUGCGCCUGGCUGCCACCUGGGGCUGUGUCAGGAGUGUGAAGGUCCUCUUGGCCCAUGGGGCGGAGGUGGACAGCCUGGAUGUGAAGGCUCAAACCCCUCUCUUCAUGGCAGUCAGCAAUGGCCACCGGGAAUGCGUGAAGGUCCUCCUGGAUGCGGGGGCCAGCCCCGUUGGCAGCAUCUACAACAAUUGCUCGCCACUGCUCAUCGCCGCGAGGGACGGGAAUGUGGACAUCCUGCAGCAGCUCCUGGAUCACGGCGCAGAAACCAACGUUCAAGCAAGGCUGCCCCAGUGGGCUGCUAACUCGGUGGCUUGUUCCGGUCCCCUCUACCUUGCUGCCGUGUACGGGCAUCUGGAGUGCUUUAAGAUGCUGUUGCUUUACGGUGCCGAUCCUGACUAUAACUGCACCGAGGAGAGGGUGAUUGCCCAGAUCAAGGAGCCCAAGACUCUGCUGGAAACCUGCCUGCGGCACGGCUGCAGGAGCAAUUUCAUCAAGCUGCUCAUUGACUUUGGAGCCAACGUGUACUUGCCCAGUGUCACAGUAGAUGAGAUGGCACCCCACAGCGAGGGCCUGGAGCUGCUGCUGCAGGCGAGAGCUCAUCCCAAGUCCUUGAUGUCUCAGUCCAGGCUGGUGAUGAGACGCCUCCUGAAGCAGGCUGGCCGCCCGCCAUCGCUCGGUGAGCUGGAGAUCCCGGCGGUCCUGGCAAACUACCUCCAACACCAGCCCUGAUGCACAGCCACACUACCUUCCCCAUAGAUGUGUCAAGCACCCAAAUUAAAAGCCAUUCUGAUACCUGCUCAGGGUGAAACCAGUGUGGAUUUGUGGUUGCAAACUAAUUUUUGUUUAUGAGGUGUCUCCAAAAAGCAGCACCCAUGCACAAAGAUGGUAAGAGAAGGGGGGGAGAAAAUAGAGACCUCAGCUCCUGCUUCACAUUGGCGUGAUGGUAGAGCAAGAUCUGAUUUAGCUGUGUUUGGCUUUAAACUUUCUUUACUGAAGGACUUUGCACCUUUAAUUGAUACUGGUUGGAGAAGGAGCUGGGAAAAUGUGUGGAGGGCAGAAGGAGAGGAGCAAAGGCUGCUUUUACCUCCUCCUCUCCUGGGUAAGAGUGAGGAGGGAGGCACAACCAGGCUUCAUGCUUGUGGGUUUUCCCUGCAGUGUGGCCUCAGCUGCCUUCAAACCCCGGAGAGGUUUGCCUCUGCGUGCUCCUGACCCUGAGGGCAUGUUGGUGCAAAGCCUGGUGCUCCAACGUGACAGCAGGGGCUGGGGUAAGUAUCCAGAGUCCCCACACUCCCCGA